GAUCAGCCGGAGCAGAGUGAAAGUGUCGAAGUGCGCGCGCGGCGGAUUUCCUCCAAAUGUCGCUUUAACCCCGAAAACCUCCCGAAUCGGCUCCACUCGGCGGGACUCCGGAGCUCCGCUGGAAGCCUCCGGCUCGGAACCGGCGGCCGCGCGGUCGGUGCUUGACUUUGAGCCGGAGUUGCGUUGUUUGGACCCGGAUGGCAGGCAGCCCGCGGUAGGGUCGGAUCCCCGGAGGGAGACGCUGAUCCCGGGAGCAGGGUCAGCCGCGGCCCCGGCCGGCCGCAGCGGCUCCAUGUCCGCGCUCCAGUGCCCGGAGGAGCUGGACUUCAGGCUGGUCUUCGAGGAGGACGGCGGGCUCGCCGCAGGUCUGGGUUUCGAUGGGCGGGCCCCGCCCCCCUCCGCCCUCGCCGUGGCCGGACCCCCCCUGAGCCGGGAGCCGCCGGGCCCCCCUCUGUGUUUCUCCGCCGCCGCCGCCGGCCUGAACGCCGGGUUCCAGCCCGGGGGCGGCCGCAGGGCGUUCCACUGCCCCAGCAUCCAGAUCACCUCCAUCGCCCCCAGCCACCACCCGGAGGCCGCGGGCCAGCCGGAGGUCCCGGCGGCGGGGGGCGCGGAGGGCGGGUACCCCGAGGCGUCCUGGUCCAGGGACCAGCUGUACCUGCCUCUGGACGCCUGCUACCGCGACCCGGCGGCGGCGGCGGCGGCGCUGUGCCCGAGCCCCUGCAGCAGCCUGUCCUCCAGGAGCUGGAUGUCCGACCUGUCCUCCUGCGAGUCCUUCUCCCCGGCGUGCGACGACGUGGAGGGCGAGCUGCGCAGCGCCGCCCGCCUGGCCCUGGGCUCGCCGCUGGGCUCGCCGCUGGGCUCGCCGGGCUGCGGGGGCGGGGCCUUCGGGGUGGAGCUGUGGCAGCAGCAGUACCAGCACCCCGCGGCGUACAGCCCCGCCCUGUCGCCCUACCAGUCGCCCCGCCAGUCGCCCUGCCACUCCCCCCGCACCAGCGUCACCGAGGACAGCUGGCUGAACCCACGGCCCGCCUCCAGGCCGUCGUCCAGACCCACGUCCCCCUGCGGGAAGAGACGCCACGCCGGCGCCGACCCCCAGGGCCGCUCCGCCUCGCCGUCCCCCAGCCCCACCCCCGGCGCCUCGCCGCGGGGCAGCGUGACGGACGACACCUGGGCGGGCGGGCCGCUCCCGCCGGCCGGGCUCCUGGAGCCGGACGUCCCCUCCAAGACCCGCAGGACGGCGGGGAGCCAGGGGGAGCCCGGCGCCGACCCCUUCCCGGACUCCCCGGCGGAGGAGGGGCGGGACCGGGACCGGGACCGGGACCGGGACCGGGACCGGGACGGCCCGGCCGAGCUCUUCCUGCAGGUUCCGUCGCACUUCAGCUGGAGCCGGCCCAAGCCCGGGAACCCGCCGCUGUUCAGCGCCUCGGCGCCGCCGCCCCUGGACUGGCCCCUCCCCGGCCGCUGCGAGCAGUGCGAGCUGAAGCUGGAGGUGCAGCCCAGGCCGUACCACCGGGCGCACUACGAGACGGAGGGCAGCCGCGGCGCCAUCAAGGCGGCGGGCGGCGGCCACCCCGUCGUCACGCUCAGCGGAUUCAGCGAGCGGCCGCUCAGCAUGCUGCUCUUCAUCGGCACGGCGGACGACCGCUACCUCCGUCCUCAUUCCUUCUACCAGGUCCACCGAGUCACGGGGAAGACGGUCACCACGGCGUGCCAGGAGAAGAUCCUGGGCUGCACCAAAGUGCUGGAGGUGGCCCUGCUGCCGGAGAACAACAUGUCCAGCAGCAUCGACUGCGCCGGCAUCCUGAAGCUGCGUAACGCCGACAUCGAGCUGAAGAAGGGCGAGACGGACGUGGGGAGGAAGAACACCAGGGUGCGGGUGGUGUUCCGGACCGCCGUCCCCCAGCCGGACGGCCGCAUGCUGUGGCUGCAGACCGCCUCGGUCCCCGUGGAGUGCUCCCAGCGCUCGGGACAGGACCUGCCUCAGCUGGACGGCUUCAGCCCGUCCUGCGGCUCGGUGGAUGGAGGGGAGGAGCUCCUCAUCACCGGCUCCAACAUCUCGGCUCAGUCCAGGGUGGUGUUCAUGGAGAAGGGAGCAGAUGGAGGAGCGCUGUGGGAAGUGGAGGCCCGGGUUCUGUCAGCCAAAUGCAGCAGGUCCAGCAUCGUGGUUGAGACUCCUCCCUACAGUCAGACCGCCACCUGCCCGGUCCAGGUCCAUUUCUACGUCUCCAACGGUAAAAGGCGGAGAAGCGUCCCGCAGAGCUUCACCUACCUGCCCGGAGUCGGGCGCGGGCCCCCCCGGCCCCCCCCGGAGGCCCGGGUCAAACAGGAGCCCUGGGAGCAGAGCCACGUCUCCCACGAGCCACCUGGGUUCAGUGCUCCACCCCUCUACCCAGACUACGACUCCCGCCACCUCCAGGGUGUUCCCCCGUCCCAGAGCGCCCCCCGUCUUCACCAUCCCCCCCCUUCGUAUCCCCCCCCGCAGACCACCGCCCUGUUCCCCCACAGCUCCUCCCUGCCUGCUCACAUCUCCUCCAUCUCCACCCAGACUCUGAUCCCACUGCAGACCUCCAUCCCUCAGACCUCGGUCCUGCCCCCUCAGACCUCGGUCCUGCCCCCUCAGACCUCGGUCCUGCCCCCUCAGACCUCCAUCCUGCCCCCUGUAGCCUGUGCGGACCCCCAGCGGGGCUCAGAGGAGACCCUGAGCAUCAAGCAGGAGCCGCUGGAGCAGCCGGUCCUGGAAUCUCUGGGCCUGCAGGGCAUCACCUUGGACGAUGUGAACGAGAUAAUCGACCGAGACAUCGGCAUUCGGAGCGGCCGAGAUGAGCCGGAUCGGUACCAGUACUGGGACCCCCGGUCCGGCGAGGCGGCGCUGCCCUUCUGUGGGGGGCCUCAGUAGCUUUAACCCCGCCCCCCCAGGGACUCCUCCCACUGUGUCUGAUUUGAAUGGCCGUACUCCUCAAGUGCCUGAAAGCCGACGGCAGCCUCGGGGGGCUUCUCUGGUCACGGUACCUCCUCCACACCUCCGCCUCCCCGUCUCAGGAACCCCCACACCCCUUUUUCACCAAGAACAGCCAGGUGCUAGUUCCACUGAAGAACUGCGUUUCCGUCGAGAGCCACGUCCCUGCUUCACCGUGGUUCCGUUCAGUCCAGCUUCAUUCAUCCGUCGCCAGGCGCCGCAGCGGUGUCUGGGUCCAGAGAGAAACCGUCCGAAGCCGGUUACCAACCGCAUCGUGAAGGACCGGCAGUACGGAGCUCAACGCGCUCAUGAAGGGGUUGGUCCUGGCCGUGAGCUCCAGAGCCGUUUGGAUCAGACGCCUGCAGCCGCCAGACCCGGCUCACCUCCAGAGGCUGACGUGGUUCAUAAAUGGUUUGAUAUUUGGACAAAAACUGGAUCCUAAGUUGCUUUCUAGUUUCAGAUGGUGAACACUUUGUUCAUUUUCUGUAGUUUUAAGCUGGUGUAGCAGUUUAUGAUUUAGUUUUUUCACCAAGUUUGAGACAAUGUUGACAUCUUAGCAGUCUUAACCUUCUGACUGUUUUGUGAAGCACUUUUGCAUGUUUUUUUUUUUUGUUCCAAUUUCAGUUGUUUUCUUUGAGAAUUUCCAGUCAUUUGAGUUCUUGAAGCUGUUUUAGGAGUUUUUUUCUGGUUUAUUUGUGGUUAGAGUUAUUUUUCCUGUUUUAAUCCUCGUGCCUUUUUAGCUCAGAGAUAAGAGUCCUUUUAAAAAUGACAGCUCAGUUUAAAAUCACCUGAAUGCUUCAUGGAGCCACUUCAAAGGAGCCAAAGCAGCUCCAGAGCCGCAGGUUGGACACCCCUGGUUUAGAGAGUCAACACUGCAUCUGCUGUGUUUUGACCAGUGUCGUUGGUCGGGAUAACCUCAACCAGAGCCUGGACCCCUAACAGUAGACCUGGUGCUUAACCCCGCCCCCAGCCGGAGCCUCCAGCUCUGAACUGGACCUGGAACCAGCUUGGUGGAUAAGGAGUAGGGAGUGGAACCGUCCUGUAGCUCACCGACACACCAAAGACCCCCCCCCCCCCCCCAGCACCCGGAGGACCUGCAGAACACCUACAAGGGCUGUAAUUUGACUUCACGACAAUCAGAACAACAGUAACGACACUGUGGAGGCUGGAGUUUCACGAAAGACAAGCAGAAGUCUGUAUUUUGGCCAGUAAGUGAAGAAAGCUCUGCUUUUGAUACUGAGGAUCUGCUCUUCUGCCGUGGUGUGGAAAGCUCCGUCCCCCUUCGUCUGCUGUGCUGUGAAGCUUCAGACACUCAACUAUAGAAGUGUGUUGUUGUACGUUUGAAGUAAAGAGAAGGAGAGUGUGUGUCUUUGUCUUGAAUGAGUCUGUUGAGCAGUUGGUUCAGCUUCACAGAAUCCAUCCU